AUGGUGACAUCUAAACGACCAAGACCUCGCCGAUCCCAUGCGCUAGGAGGAUGCAGCACCUGCAGACGCCGGCAUGUCAAAUGCGACCAGAAACGGCCCGUUUGUCGUACCUGCCGGGCCUUGGGUGUGAAAUGCGAGGGAUAUUCCGAUCAGGUACUGUGGAUGCGCACUGAUAGCGGCGAGGAGGCUGAGAGUACUCGUGGGACUCGCCGGUAUCUUUAUUCAGAGCAAUCUAGAGUUUCUAUGAGCACUGCGCUUGGAUCCGAUCUUAUAUCAGGCUCUAUUGACGCAUCAUUGGCAGAAGUGGACUCGAGACUGCGAGACCCUGAACGGUCGCUCGACGGUGACAUUGUCAUUGGACCCUUUGCGGUUCUUGAUUUUUCUUCGGCACCACAAAAGCCACAAGAACUGGUGCAUGAAAUUGAGCCCGUGAAGUCUGAUAUAAAUUUUGCAGUUGAGGCCGAAACUAUGGCUCCUGAGGAACUGCAAGAGCCUAGUCCACUUGAUUCCCUGUCUCAUAUUGAUGACUUCCUCCAUUGGUCUGAUCUGUUGAGCUUUGACCUAGGCCAGACGGAGUUUGCAGCAAACGGUGCUUUGAGUACGCCGAAUGAUUUAUCAUUUGAUAUGAGCCACGAGAUGGGACUGCCCGUUGACUUAAAUCACACCAAUGAGCUGCAGACUUUCACAACACAAUACGCACCAGCUGAGCUUAUUUCUACUGAUAUAGAUGCACUGAAAGAUGCUCCGUGCCUGCUUAGACAUUUCCAGGAUAUUGUCAUUCCACACAUAAUGGCCAUUCCCUGUCGGCAAAAGUCGCCUUGGAAGAUUUUGAACGUGCCGGCAGCGGUGGUUACAUACAGUGACUCGACCUUUCUUGGGACUGAAAGGAUCAGUCAUGCCAAACUUGCAAAUUUGUAUGGCUUGCUCGCCUGCUCUGCUAUUCACCUUGUUUUAAACCCCGCGGCAAUAUCGACAAAGCCGCCUGGGUAUUGGUGGAAGGUUGCCACCCAGGCGUAUCUGCAAGCCAAGGACCAUAUGCAAACCUCUCUGCAUUCAGAAACCCAGGGUUUGAAGAAAGCAAAAUAUAAAGACCAGCUGAUGGCUGCAUUCAUUCUCAUACAGUACACCAUCAUGUCCGGCCAACAACAACACGCCCGGUGUUUUAUGAUUGAUGCAGAGCGGCUACUACGUCUUCGAGGACUUUCAAAGACCCGGAUUUCCAAAAAGGCACGGCUUUUGCAUCAUGUCUACACCUGGCUAAGAAUAGUCGGCGAGAGCACAUUUGUUCUACAUGACUAUAACCUCUCUCCCUCCUCAUUUGAAGCACUUGGUUCUCGGUUUCAAUCACGAUCCUCACCGAGUUCAGAAAUGGGGAGCACUGAGCCAAAUCCUCGGCUGGACGAUUUCCUCCGCCUCGAGACACAAAACUCAGAUAGUGAUCUGAAUAUCGAUGAACCCAAGGACCAAGCUUCGGGACUUUAUGACAUUCAUCUCCAGGACUCACGGAGUUACCCUGAAACAUUAUACAAGCAAAUUUAUGGCAUCACCGAAACAUGGCUUAGCCUUGUCUCGCAAACAACAAGACUAGCCAACGUUUUGGAGAUAUUCCGUAUUGCCCGUGAGGCAGGUCAGACCAUGAACCUCGAAGCAUGGGAAACACUACAGCGACGUAGCACGCGCCUGGAAAACAUGAUCUGCUCUUUCAGCCUAGGCCGAACAAGAGCCGGAAUCCUGGAACUCCACGCCGAUUCAAAAUCGCACGGUCACAUGGUGGAGGCAUUGAAUGCAGCUCUCGUAAUUUUCUUUUACAGACGAAUUCGACAAACCCACCCUGCGGCUCUGCAGGGUCAUGUUGAUAGUGUUAUCACAGCGCUUCAAGCGUGCAGUGCGACAUUGACGCAAGAUGAUCCCACUGGGCCCGGAACGGCGUGGCCGUUGUUCAUUGCAGGAUGUGAGGCAAUGUCAACCGCAAGGCGGGAGGCGAUUAUGAUCAUGUUAGAUAGGGCGAGCUCAAUAUGUGGCUUUGCCGCUUUUGGAACGGCCAGAAAUAUUAUCACUGAAGUGUGGUGCAAGCAGGAUGAGCAUCUGACCGCGAACCGGGGUGAAUCGAUGCCAUCGUGGGUUGAUACUGUGAAGCAAGGACAGAUAUGGCCAUUGUUUUGCUGA